CUUCGGCUGGCGGCCUUUGUUGUCAAAUUAGGUUGAUUAUUCAUCUCACGAUUGUUUACAACGGAGUCUGGAUCGUCGGCGUUCCCCAUAUGAAUAAGUAAAUCCGUGUUUACAAUCUCUGCGAGAAAACUACACUACCAGAAUGGGUUUCCUAACUGUGUUGAAGAAAAUGAAACAAAAGGAGAAGGAAAUGAGGAUAUUGAUCCUAGGGUUGGACAACGCGGGCAAAACCACCAUCCUUAAAAGGUUCAAUGGGGAGCCUAUCGACACCAUCUCGCCGACCCUGGGAUUCAACAUCAAGACCCUGGAGCAUCGUGGCUACACACUAAAUAUGUGGGACGUGGGCGGGCAGAAAUCAUUGCGGUCCUAUUGGCGAAAUUACUUCGAGUGUACCGAUGGCCUUAUUUGGGUAGUAGACAGCGCCGACCGCAUGCGGAUGGAGGCCUGCCGAGAGGAGUUGGGGGUGCUUUUAGAAGAAGAACGCUUGGCUGGCGCCACUCUCUUAGUGCUUGCGAAUAAACAGGACCUGCCUGGCGCUCUAACUUCACAAGAGAUCAAAGAUAUUCUAGAACUGGACAAAAUUACAACCCAUCACUGGAGUGUAAUUGGCGUUAGCGCUGUCACCGGAGAUAAAUUAUUAAAUGCGGUUGACUGGUUAAUUUCAGAUAUUGCAAAACGAAUCUUCACACUAGAUUAGAAAUACGUUUGCACGUAACAUUUUUUUUUAUUAAUAAAAACACUGUGAUCAAGAGUGAUUAAUGCACUA